UCUGAGCGGGAAGAACAGUUUUCCUGGCAACCAUUUCCCAGGCGACUCCAGGUGGAGCGAGGACACUACACUGGCAGAUGGGCCCCCUCAUGCCCCAGGCUAGGGACGGCUGAGUUCUGUCUCCAGUUCUGGGACUGAGCCUUGGGGAGUCAUUAGGGUGAGAGGGGAAGUAGGGGAAACAAACUCAGAAGAGACCAAAUGUGGGACUGACAUAUCCCAGGCCCAGCUUCAUAUUGGAGAGUUUGGACUCCGUGCUCGGGGGGAAGAGGGGACGUGGGGGUCUUUUUUGUCUGGUUCUGCUGCCCCUGAGAUUCACUAGUUUUAUGCCCGAAUUAUUUGGUUAGUAAGGUUUUUAAAAUGAUAGGCUUCCUCCAGUCCUUUGCUUUCGUAUGUUGACCUAAAUCCAAGUAUUUUACAUUAUGGAAAGGAAUUGGAACUUUUAUUGAUUUCACUGGGGGAGGGGCCCCCACUGCAGGAGAAUGAACCCAUAUUUGGUUAAAGGAGAGUGUCAGGGACAUCAUUGGCAGGACCAGCACUAAAGCUAAUCUGGACCCACUUUGCUCUCACUUUUUCCUUUAACUUCCCUGAGUUGGACAGUUGGAUCCGUAGGCUAUGGCUGUGAAUUCCCCAAGUUACCUAGGGUGGUGUUGCUUUGCAGACAGCUGGCAGACAGAGAAGUUGGCUACCAUGGAAUCACCCGAGGAGCCUGGAGCAUCCAUGGAUGAGAACUACUUUGUGAACUACACUUUCAAAGAUCGGUCCCAUUCAGGCCGAGUGGCUCAAGGCAUCAUGAAACUGUGUCUGGAGGAGGAGCUCUUUGCUGAUGUCACCAUUUCAGUGGAAGGCCGGGAAUUUCAGCUCCAUCGGCUGGUUCUCUCAGCUCAGAGCUGCUUCUUCCGGUCCAUGUUCACUUCCAACCUGAAGGAGGCCCACAACCGGGUGAUUGUGCUGCAGGAUGUCAGUGAGUCUGUUUUCCAGCUCCUGGUUGAUUAUAUCUACCAUGGGACUGUGAAACUUCGAGCUGAUGAGUUGCAGGAAAUUUAUGAGGUGUCAGACAUGUAUCAGCUGACAUCUCUCUUUGAGGAAUGUUCUCGGUUUUUGGCCCGCACAGUGCAAGUGGGAAAUUGUCUUCAGGUGAUGUGGCUGGCAGAUCGGCACAGUGAUCCUGAGCUCUACACCGCUGCCAAGCACUGUGCCAAGACCCACCUGGCCCAGCUGCAGAGCACAGAGGAAUUUCUCCACUUGCCCCAUCAUCUGCUCACUGAUAUCAUCUCGGAUGGAGUUCCAUGUUCCCAGAACCCAACAGAGGCAAUAGAAGCCUGGAUCAAUUUUAACAAAGAGGAAAGAGAGGCUUUUGCAGAGUCACUCAGGACUAGCUUGAAGGAAAUUGGGGAGAAUGUGCACAUUUACCUGAUUGGGAAAGAGUCAUCUCGUACCCACUCGUUGGCUGUGUCCUUGCACUGUGCAGAAGAUGACUCCAUCAGUGUAAGUGGCCAAAACAGCUUGUGCCACCAGAUCACUGCAGCCUGCAAGCAUGGUGGAGACUUGUAUGUGGUGGGAGGCUCCAUACCGCGACGCAUGUGGAAGUGCAACAAUGCCACCGUUGACUGGGAGUGGUGUGCACCUUUGCCUCGGGACCGGCUCCAGCACACCCUGGUGUCUGUGCCAGGGAAAGAUGCCAUAUAUUCAUUGGGUGGCAAGACACUGCAGGAUACCCUGUCCAAUGCAGUCAUCUAUUAUCGGGUAGGUGAUAACGUGUGGACAGAGACAACCCAGCUAGAGGUGGCUGUGUCAGGGGCUGCUGGUGCCAACCUCAAUGGGAUCAUCUACUUACUAGGGGGGGAGGAGAAUGAUCUGGACUUCUUUACCAAACCUUCCCGACUUAUCCAGUGCUUUGACACGGAGACAGACAAAUGCCAUGUGAAACCCUAUGUGCUGCCCUUUGCAGGCCGCAUGCACGCAGCUGUGCAUAAGGAUUUGGUGUUCAUCGUGGCUGAAGGGGACUCCCUGGUGUGCUACAAUCCCCUGCUAGACAGCUUUACCCGGCUUUACCUUCCUGAGGCCUGGAGCUCUGCCCCAUCCCUCUGGAAGAUUGCCAGCUGUAAUGGAAGCAUCUAUGUCUUCCGGGACCGAUAUAAAAAGGGGGAUGCCAACACCUACAAGCUUGACCCUGCCACUUCAGCUAUAACUGUCACGAGAGGCAUUAAGGUGUUGCUUACCAAUUUGCAGUUUGUGUUGGCCUAAGGCUGUGGGGGGAAUGCAGCUGACUCCUUUGCCCUCUCCCUUUCCAGCACCUCCCUACCCAAUCUUGAAGUCCCUUGGGCCCCAAUUCAGAGUAAUGUGUCAUUUUUUGGGUACAGAUUAGAAAGGCAGCGAUUGUCCUUCCCCAAACCCAUAGAAGUGUUUUGUUUGGGGCUUUUUAGACUGCCACUGCUCAGCUGGCCACUUGAACUGAGAGUCGGCCAGCCUGUUCUCUGCCAGUCCCUGGUAAUCCUGUGCCACACUACAGAUUGCUCAGAGUAAGGCUCUUCUCGGACCUCAGGCACAGCCUCCCCUCUUUACCUGAUCAAUGUUGAAUAGAAGCACCCCUGACCCCAGGGCAGAAGAAAAGAAGCCCAGUCAUACUUUUUUUUCUAUAGCGUGUGAAGUGGCUAGUUGAUAAUUUUUCCACAAAGAAUUAGGCGUUAGAGUUUUCCUUGCGACAGUGGAUUAAGAUGAAAGUGUGCUUCACCAGCAAGAAUCAACUCUAGAAUUCAGGACAUUCCUUCUAUUGCUUUCUUGUCUGUCAGGAAAUAUGAUUUUGGUUUUAUUUUUGGCUUAUUUCAAGAGGUAAGCCAGAAAGUAGAAAGGAUUAUUUCUGAUUAAUAACAGAAACUAUUCAGUACUAGGCUAUUAAAAAAAAGGUGAAAAAAAAAUAGAAACUUUUUUCAAACUCAAAAAUACAAGGUCUCUUCUCUUAAAGGCUCUAAGUUAAGUCAAGAGCUAGGAACUGUUCAUACAAAUAAAAGUUUUUGAAGGGA